AUGCUAUCGCACUUCGAGGCUGACAAAGAAACCAUUGUCCAGGCAGACGCCUCUGAUUACGGUUUAGGCGGAGUGCUCCUUCAGAAGGACGCAGAUGGGAGAGUACAGCCAAUCAUGCAUGCCGCCAGGUCACUGACGAAGGCUGAACGGAAUUAUAGCCAGAUUGAAAAGGAGGCACUGGCCAUUAUCUUCGCCGUACAGAGAUUCCACCUGUUUAUUUAUGGCAGACCCUUCACACUGCACACUGAUCAUCAGCCACUGAUGUUCCUUUUGGGUACUAACCGUGGUGUUCCCCAGAACGUGGCUAGGAGAAUACAACGUUGGAGUACUAUUCUUCAAAACUAUGACUUUCAGAUCCAAUAUGUGCCCACUCAGAAGUUUGGAGCUCCGGACGCUUUAUCACGACCGAGUACAAGCAACGAAAAUCAAGAAGACGUGGUUGUCGCCAGUACGCUAAUGCAAGAUGAUGACGAGUUUAGAGGUGUCAUCCGACAGUUGCCGCUCACAGCCGAGCACAUCAGGGCCACCACUGCAGCAGACCCACUUUUGCGCCAGGUGAAAGAGUUUAUUCGGAACGGUUGGCCCAGCGACGACAAAGUACACCCAUCCAUAAAGCCUUUCAGGAACAGAAAGGAACAGUUGUAUAUCACGGAAGACUGCAUAAUGUACGAUGGUAAAGUGGUGAUUCCAACCAGAUAUCAGCAACAAGUUUUGCGGGAGCUCCAUGCCGGACAUCAGGGUAUGACCCGCAUGAAACAACUGGCCCGCAAGUACGUAUAUUGGCCGGGAAUUGAUAACGACGUGGAAUCUUUCGUUCGAAGCUGCGGCCCGUGUGGACGUGAGGCUAAGAACCCACCGAAAGUACCGCCCGUGCCAUGGCCAGAGGUAACGAGACCUUGGAGUAGAGUCCAUAUGGACUUUGCUGGUCCGUUUUUCAACCGAAUGUUUCUAAUUGUUGUCGAUGCAUGGUCCAAGUGGCUAGAAGUUUUCGACGUCUCGGCAGCUACUGCUGAUAUCACGGCAAGGAAGACGGAAGAACUUAUAGCGAGAUACGGCAUCCCCACGGAGAUAGUGACGGAUAACGGCACUCAGUUCACGUCAUCAAUCUUCCAACAACUGUGUCAGAAAUGGGGAAUUCGACAUGUGACGUCACCACCAUUCCAUCCACAAUCAAAUGGCCAGGCAGAACGGUUCGUCGACACGUUCAAGAGAGCGAUGAAAAAGAUGUGGAACACUGGUGUUAAACUGGAGUAUCUCAACACAUUCCUCUUUGCCUAUCGAACAACUCCAAAAAGUGAUCUUGGGGGCCAGACACCAGCCGAACGGUUUUUGGGACGACAGCCGGAUACGCGAUUACAGUACCUACAACCGGAAGCUCGAGUUCCACAAACAACAAAAUAUUACUUUCGCGAGGGAGAGGAGGUGUUUGCUCGCAACCACAAAGCCGGAGAGAAGCCCUGGAUAGAAGGUAUAAUAAGAAAAUCCAGAGGUGUUGUGUUCGAGGUGGAGACAGCAGCUGGAAAAAUAAAGAGGCAUGCAAAUCAGCUCAGGACUAGACACACCAGAGACAGUCAAAUGGCACUCGACUUGCUGUGUGAUACCUUUGAGGUUCCAACCCCCACGGUAGACAGUCAGACAACAUUACCCGUCGUUCGUAGAAGUAACAGAAGAACGCAACCGCCAAGGAAACUGGUCUUGGACCCGAAGAAGAAGAGGUACGAGGUCCAACUUUCAAAAGCGGGAGGUGUUAUGGAGAGCGAAAGCGGCGUAGAGCCACGGCCUAAGGCGCCAAACAAAGGACCAAGUCGGCGACGUGAGUCACGCGCGAAGUUAGACAACCGACCGGCGCGCACUGCAGCGCCGAGCACGCGUGGUGGUUUUGCUCACGUGUGCGGCCCAAUCAAUGGAUGGCCGAACAUUCCAGACGUUUCCCCGGCGGGGUCAUCGCGCACGCGGUGGCCAAUCAGCGACCAGCACGCUCGGGACAGGAACAUUCUAGAACGCCCUCUAUGA